GUUGUAACUGUGCUUUCAUCAUGGGGAAACUUGACGUUUCUUUAUUGCAGUACAUAACAAAAGAGGACUUCAGAGUUCUUCUUGCUAUUGAAAUGGGCAUGAAGAACCAUGAGCUGGUGCCUGGUCCUUUGGUUGCACAAAUUGCAAACCUGAAGGCUGGAGGAGUCUUCAAACUUCUAAGGAAGGAGCUGUGCAUGCACAGACUGGCCACCUAUGAGCGAGGCAAACACUAUGAUGGAUACAGACUAACAAACCGCGGUUACGAUUACUUGGCUCUCAAGAGCCUUGCUGAGCGUGAUGUUGUUGUCGGAGUUGGCAGUCAGAUUGGAGUGGGCAAAGAGAGUGACAUUUUUGUAGUGAAAGGACAAAAUGACAAGAUGUUGUGCAUGAAGCUUCAUCGGUUGGGCCGAACAUCUUUUCGCAAGCUGAAAGAGAAGCGCGACUACCACAAAGGCCGGCAGAUGUCCUGGAUUUACCUUAGUCGCCUCUCAGCCACUAAGGAGUUUGCUUACAUGAAAGCUCUUCACGAGAGGGGUUUCCCUGUUCCUGAACCUAUUGAUGUCAACAGACACUGCGUUAUAAUGGAACUUGUUAACGGUUAUCAGCUACAUCAAGUGCACGACGUAGCCAACGCGGCACAGUUGUACAGCGAUCUUAUGGAGCUUAUUGUUCAACUAGCCAACAACGGCGUCAUCCAUAGCGACUUCAACGAGUUCAACAUCAUGGUCAGCGACGAAGACAAACCAAUCAUCAUUGAUUUCCCUCAGAUGGUCUCUACCAGCCACGAGAACGCUAAAAUGUACUUUGACCGUGAUGUGCAAUGCAUCAUCACGUUUUUCAAGAAGAGGUUUGGUUACGAAAGUGAGCUAUUCCCGGACUUCGAUAAAGACGUGCAGAAAGUUUUUGAGCUGGACAAAAAAGUCGCGGCAAGUGGCUUCAAGAGAGAAAUUAAUGAAUUCGACGAAAUGCUGAUAAGCAGGGAGAAUGCAGAAGAAGUGGAAGAAGAAAGUGAUGAUAAUGACGACGACAACGACGACGACGACGACGAAGAAGAAGAAGAAGAAGAAAAAGAUACAGACGGCGACACUAGCAACGAUUGCGAAGCAUCUGAUGAAGACGAUGAGCCUGAAGGGAAACUGAAGCAAAAAUCAAGUGGCUUGCGUUCAGCAUAUUCUGAAGCAAACGAAGAAAAUUUGAAAGCUGCCGAUUCUACGUUUACAGCAACCAUGGAAAUGUAUUUCAAAAGUAUGAAGAAUGUGAAGGUUGCGUCGAGUGAUACCAACAGCUUGAAUUGCUGUCUCGGUGGGAUAUGCAACACUGAAUGUCUGGCCAAACGAGAAUUGAUGAAUGGAAGUUUGGCCACUGUAUCAGAAAACCAGGUUUUAGCCAGUCCUGAGAAUCAGACGCUCAAAAGCUUAAAUGAUCUCACCGUCACCGACAAAGAUUUCGACACGCGAUCGACAACCAGCAGAGGCAGUCGUCGAAGCACAAAAUCACGAAACACUGGCCAGAAACUCGACCCUGAAACGCGGCAAGCAAUGAUGGAAAAACUGGUGAAGGCGCGUGAGCAGCGGAAAAAGGCUGAAGAGAACGGUGAGGUAGUACCGAAUUUGAUGGAGGUAAUGGAAAGCACGCGGCAGGAUGACGACCGCCUCACAUGCAUCAGCUUUUCGACGCGCGCGAGCACCGUCGACCCUGUGGUGCUGAAGCUCAGAGCGCAGCGUGAGUACGAAAAGAAAGAACAAAAGCAAAUCUCAAAGAAGAAUUUGCGUGUCAAGGGUGAGGCUAACGCUUACACCAGAGCAAAGAAAGAAAAUGUGAAUAACAUCAAGCAGAGCAUGGCGUGUGCAGAUGUCUGGGGAUAAAUUUUUACGAGUCGAA